CGACAGGAUUUUAAGUUGCCUACCGACAAAUUUCUAAUUGUGACACCCAUGAUUAUGCAAACCUUGACGUGGAGUAGCUGAAUGGCAGCCGAUUCUGCUCAAACCCCAUGAGCGCUCGAAUUCUUCAGGACCCACAAGGAAGGAAUCAAGCCAGUCGAGGAAUCGGCAACAGAUGAGGUUGAUGCCUUGACUUUGGCACGACGUCAGCUGAAGCUUGCUUUGGACCAGCAAGCAUCUGCGCAAGCGCAAGUGGACAGCUGUGAAUUGGCCUGUGUGGCGAAUGAUGAAUCGAGCAGAUUGUUGUGGCACAUGUCCAUCGACUGCCCUUUAUCACCUGGACCAAGCCGCUGGUUUAGCCACAGUUUGUGCUGCCUGCCCUUGCCCAACUCAGGUGGAAUGGUCCGCAGAGGCUCGGUAUGUCAGAGAGAUCACAAAGCUGAUGGGAAGGAAACUGUGGAGCGCAUUCCACCUCAUGACCUCGCAAAGGAGAGCGACGGUCAGGUUGUUGUGGCCUUGAUGAGCGGAAGAAGCUGUGGAUGCGAUUUCUCGCAGACCAUCGGGCAGUUGAAAGAAGAGGCCCAGAGUGAGGAGAAGACGCUGGAAGAGGAAAACGUCCUGCCUGGCAGCUCACUGACCGUGGUGGCAGUAGACCAGGAAGAGGAGGAUGAGAGAGAAGCUGCAGAGAACCAAUGCCAGGACAUCUUCGCGGCUGGGGCGGCCACCUGGGCGCCCUGCGGCAGCUGCUGCGGACGCAGGCUGUACCCCGCUGCACCAUGCAAUCAGCGACAACUAUGUGGAUGUAGUGAAGCUACUGAUCGAGUGGAAGGCCUUGAAUGUGAAGGACAACAGUGGUCAGACCCGCUGAACCUGGCAGCGGGCAAGGGCCACGUAGAGAUCUGUAGCAUCCUCGCGGCCGACGUCGACGUGAAUGUCACGGGACAAAAUGGCUCCACCCCACUGCACGAUGCGGCCUUCGGUGGCCAUGCAGAUGUGGUGACGCUGCUCCUUGAGGACACUUCUAGAGACGACCCUGGCGGUAUGACUGCACCUGGCGGCCCUGGCGGCCUCCGGCUGUGCCAGAUUCCAUUGGAUGUUGCAAGAAACCAGGGCCAGCAUGAAGUUGCGACACUUUUGGAGAGUGUUGCUGAGUGAACGCUGAGUCACGAUGGGACAAAGAUCCCUAUUGUACAUACGAUCCAAUGAUGCAGCCUGAUGGCCGGCACAGAUAGCUGAUCCCCAAACAAGAUAUGCAUGUCAUUGGUUGUGAGUG